UUGGUAUAGUUUUCCAAUUAAUUUUCCAAGAUUUGGAAAUUCUGAAUUCUGUUGUGGGGUUUGUGGGAUUUUAUUUUUUCAAAAGAUUUUCUUCGGUCGGAAAUUCUGGAUCUUGUUGACAAAGAAGCGGGAAAAACAAAAAAUUUCAGAGGAAAUCGGGGGUUGCACGGCCGAAGAUAUUUACUUUCUAAUGCAAGCAAGAAAACUGGCUUUGUAGAAUUAGACUUCUUGUUGAUGUUGUGGUGACCCUUAAUUAUAAAGGAGGAACAGGAGGAAGAAACUGCAAGUGGUUUGCUUGGAGUGAGUGCAAAGCAUUUCAGGGAUGGAGUGUAAUAAGGAUGAGGCCAUUAGAGCCAAAGGAAUUGCGGAGAAGAAGUUGAUGGAGAAAGACAUUGCAGGUGCAAAAAAUUUGCUUCUAAGGCACAAAACUUGUUUCCUGGGCUUGGGGGUCUUUCUCAAUUCCUGGAGAUGCUUGAAGUGUAUAUUUCUGCUGAGAAAAGGGUAAAUGGAGAAGUAGACUGGUAUGCAGUCCUUGAUGUGAACCCCUUGGCUGAUGAUGAAACCUUAAGGAAACAUUACAGGAAGCUUGCUCUUGCUCUUCAUCCUGACAAAAAUAAGUCAGUCGGGGCAGAUGGAGCAUUUAAAAUUGUCUCUGAAGCAUGGAGUUUGUUGUCUGAUAAAGCUAAGAGAAAGGCAUAUGACCAGAGGCGAAAUUUAAAGGCUAGUUAUCAAAAUGUUACAAGUGGGAAUCCAUCAAUGCCAGCUCGUAAAAAUGAUUUCCAUGCUCCUACCAAUAACAAUAACUCCAAUGCAAGAAAUAAAAAAAGAUCCACCAAUCCCCAUCCCACUCCAACUCCUCCUCGUUCAUCAAAACCUAAUACAUUCUGGACUUCAUGCAAUCGAUGUAUGAUGCAGUUCGAAUACUUAAAAAUUUACCUUAACCAAAAGCUUCUCUGCCCUAGUUGUCAUGAGCCUUUUUUGGCUGUCGAGUUACCUGCCCCACCGACAAAUGCUCAUAAUACAUCCACUUCAUGGCAUUCUUUCCAGCAGCAGCAAAAUGCAAACGGGCAUACUGCCAACAUUUCCUCAUCGGCUCGCGUUGGAUCAGUCACUGGUGUGGAUAUUCUGCAGGCUCCAUUCUCUGAAUCAGGCAGUCUCAGAAGUGGCUCAGCAUCAACUACUUCGGCUGCUCGAGCUCCACAUGUGGUUCAGCCAGCUUGUGCAAAUUUGAAGAGACAGCAUGAAGAAACUAUGGUUGAGGAGGUCCUUCAGAGGCAAAAAAAUGGCUAUAAUAAAGCAGUUUCUAGUUUAACUUCUAAUGCUGGUUCUGGUGCUGGAAAAGGAGGUAGGUUGAUGAAAAAGAGACGUGUUGAUGAACAUAGGUGGAAUAGUGACAAAAAAGAGACAACGAAUCCAAUGGAAAUGGGGAAUGGAGCAGGUAGCCAGGGAAUUGUAUCUGAAUAUCAGAAAGGUUGUUUGGGGGCAGAAAGGGUUGGUGUCUCUGGAAGUAAUAAGCCUAAAAUUAUGAGGGAACUGCCACAGCUAGAAGUUCGCACCAUGCUGAUGGCAAAAGCUAGGAUGGAAAUUCACAAGAAGCUGAAUGAAUGGAGCAUGAAUGUGCUGUCAAAGUAUCCACAUAAAGGUGGGAGGGAGAUGGAAAAUCAGAAGCCGAGAGCUGGUGUAAGUGGUGUACAAAAAGCCACUAUAAAUGGUUUGAAGAAGGGUGGAAAUAGUGCAUGUGUGCAAGCCAAGAAUCCACUCCAGCCCAAAAAGUUUUGCCAAUCCACUGCUAAGGUUGAUUCUGAUGCAAAGGUAACUAAUCUCAUGUUGAUGACGGUCCCAGAUCCGGAUUUUCAUGAUUUUGACAAGGAUAGGACAGAAAAGUCAUUUGGCGAAAACCAGGUCUGGGCUGCUUAUGAUAAUGAUGACGGGAUGCCUCGCUAUUAUGCUCUGGUUCAUUGUGUGAUAUCAAAAAGGCCAUUCAAGAUGCGGAUCAGUUGGCUGAACUCCAAAAGCAACUCUGAACUAGGCCCACUAAAUUGGGUUGGUUCUGGCUAUUUGAAGACUAGUGGAGAUUUCAGGGUAGGGAAGCAUGAAGUCAAUACGUCGCUCAAUUCUUUCUCACACAUGGUUAAGUGGACGAAAGGGGCGAAAGGGGCGAUCCAAAUUUUUCCCAGAAAGGGGGACAUUUGGGCUUUGUAUAGAAAUUGGUCCCCUGAUUGGAACGAACUUACCCCCAAUGAAGUGAUUCACAAAUAUGAUAUGGUAGAAGUGCUUGAAGAUUAUAGUGACGAGCUAGGUGUGACAGUUGUUCCUUUAGUUAAAGUUGCUGGCUUCAAAUCAGUUUUUCACCAGCAUAUGGAUCCACAACAAAUCUGGGCAAUUCCAAGAGAAGAGAUUUUUAGAUUCUCUCAUCAGGUCCCUUCAUGCCUGCUUACUGGUCAAGAAGCUGAAAACGCUCCCAAGGGUUGCAGGGAGCUUGAUCCUGCAGCUAUGGCUUUGGACCUUCUUCAGGUAAUAACAGAAGCUAAGGAGGAGGACACGGUGGAGGAUGCUGGAAAAGCUAAAAAAUCAGUAGGGUUGGAGAGUGACAGGAAGGUCUAUAGGGCAGAGAAUGACUGUAAAGGAAAGGAGAAAAGGAUAUAUAGAUAUGGCAAUAAUGGUGACCCAGAAGCAGUGGUGAGGAAUGCAAAGGAAAAACAGAUUGUGGAAGAUAUCAACAAAGGCAAGCAAAAAACUAGGUUGGCUGGCAUUGAAUAAACAUCAGUUCCAGUUUUAGGACCAUAUGGUCUUGGCCCAACCAGAAGAAUUUUUGGUAUUGUUUGAUGGCCAAGAAGAGGUAGAUAAAAACAAGAAAAUUUGAAUUUUUUGGCACCCCAAGUGGCCGUAGGUUUUAUCUUCUUUUCUUUUUGGUUAUCUCGCCAAUCAAACAGAGCAUUGACGAUGUAUAACCAUAUAGAAAAUUGAUACAGCAGUUCUUCAUAUGUUGCUUUAUAGUUUUAAGACCACAAAGAUUUCUUUCAAGUAGUGGAAAUGUCUUCAUGUAUGAUAUCAGCAACAUCUGCCACUUCAAGACAGUUUGGAAGGUGAACUUACAUGGCUUGCAUUGUUCGUGGAGCGUAACAGCUCGACUUCUGUUUAGUUUUUGCUGCCCUGUAAGAACGAUUUUUACUGGUCUCCUUCUUAGGUUCCUUUCAUGUAUACAAGCAAAAGUCAAUUUUUUUUUGAAAUAGGCAAAUUAAUGUAGCCAGGCCUUUUGACAUGCCUUAUAAUGCCAUACUUGAUUUGUUCUUCAUGUUAAACUUGAAGUUUCAGCUUCUACUAAUCUUUUCAGUAUGAAAUAUAUGUUGC